ACGCAGCAACAGCAGCAGCAGCAGCAGCAGAGGAGCAGAGAGACGGAGCUGCAGCCACAGCCACAGGAGAGCGCGCGCGUGUGGACUUUACCCCCAAAAACCAAACACUCCAACGCGUUUUUACGCACGACGCGCAACAGACCUCUGCUCCUUCGCCUGCUUUCUUUUAGUUUCUGAGUUUCUUCAUGAAUUGAGUCUUAUUUUUUGGCUGCUGUGCUUCAUUCAAAAGAGAAAUAAUGAGAUCCACUUCGGACUCGAUGUGGAGGAUGGUGCGCGUGUCCGUGGUGACACUGGUGGCGCUGGUGUCAACGUGCCGAGCCCAAGAGUACGAGUACCUGAGCUGGAAAUCGGACUCGUACAACGGCGGGCGCAGCUACGGGAAACCCCCGCAGUGCGUGGACAUCCCGGAGGACCUGCGCCUCUGUCACAACGUGGGCUACACCAAGAUGCUGCUGCCGAACCUGCUGGAGCACGAGACCAUGGCCGAGGUGAAGCAGCAGGCCAGCAGCUGGGUGCCGCUGGUGCACAAGAGCUGCCACCCGAGCACGCAGGUCUUCCUCUGUUCGCUGUUCGCGCCCGUGUGCCUGGAGCGGCCCAUCUUCCCGUGUCGCUGGCUGUGCGAGGCCGUGCGCGACGGCUGCACCCCGAUCAUGGAGGCGUUCGGUUUCCCGUGGCCGGAGAUGCUCACCUGUGACAAGUUCCCGCAGGACGACGUGUGCAUCGCCAUGACGCAACCAAACGCCACCGAGGCCACGAAACCGACAGGUUCUCCCAUCUGCCCUCCAUGUGACAACGAAAUGAAAACAGACACCAUGCUGGAGCACAUGUGUGCCAGCGAGUUUGCUUUCAAGGCCAAGAUCAAGGAGGUGAAGCGUGAAAACAUGGACCGCAAAGUGAUCCUGCAGAAGAGGAAGAAGAUGGUGAAACCGGGCAACCUGAAGAAGAAGGACUUGAAGAAGCUGGUGUUGUACUUGAAGAACGGCGCAGACUGCCCCUGCCAGCAGCUGGACAACCUGGAGAACCAGUACCUAAUCAUGGGCCGCAAGGUGGACAAGCAGUAUCUGCUCACGGGCAUCCACAAGUGGGACAAGUCCAGCAAAGAGUUCAAAAAGGCUAUCAAGAAACUCAAGACCUACAAAUGUCCCGCCUUCGAGAACGUCUUCAAAUAAUAUGGUCCCGCAACCAGCCGUGGUCGCGUCUCAUCCUACAUAUGAACUUGCAUCAAGCAUUAAAAUCCCAAACUUUUGCUUUUUAUUGUCCUGUUUAUAUAUCUAUAUAUCUUUGUAUAUUUACAUAUACUUUGAAAAUGUCCAUUACCAAAUUUUAGUCAAAUAACGUGGUGAGUGAUGACACCAUAGAUAAAUAAAGGGUAGGGUUUCCUUUUUUUGUUUGUUUGUCUCCUGCUAAAGAGAAGGACAUUGUAGUGAACGCCCUUUCUUCACUGAAAUCAGCUUUGUCACGCUCUUUUAUAUCCGACACGUCAGAGGGUUUUGCUGAAGGAAUAAACAUUUUUGAAAAUGUUCCUGCCAAGAAUUAGAUGAGACUGGUACCAUUCUGUACAAUAAACAUGGAAGUUAAAGCUAGCAGAUGCUAAGCGUCUAUGUAAGCAUCGGGACUGGAAGCAGGGAGGGUUUUACUAGCAUGGCUUUGUUGUGGCAAAGGUGAGAUAAAACACACAAGUUGCCAUUUUUACAUUUAGUUUUUUUUUGUAAAUAUUAAACAAAUGAGAUAUAACAUGUUAUUUAGUGGGAUUUAGAUGAACUAGACUAGCUAAUUCUUCCUGCACCCAGCCUUGCUAACAUUAGCCAUUUUCAGACAUGAACAGGCAUUUCAUUUUUUUACAAAGUUUACGGUUCACAAUUGAUAAAUGAAGGGGGAAAUUGUCUUCGUCAGAUGAUUCAACACCAGGAGAUAGUCCAAAUUUGCUCAUCCUGGAUAUUAUCCAGAAAUGUGUCAAGAGUUCUGGCAGGAGAAGGCAAGAAGAAAAUGUCUGGAGCUACUUUUUUGGAAAUUUGCGUGUUCACAUAAAGCCAAUUUCAGAAAACAUGUCUGAAAGUAGCUAGCUGGCACUAGCUUAACAUUUAGCGUAGAGCGGUAUUGAUCCUCAUCUUUCUCUUGGCGGGAAAAAUGUCACAUUUUGGUAAUUUCUUUAAAGAAAAUGAUGAGACUACAGAAUUGAUUGACAGUUGCAGUUAAAUGUUGAGCUACAGAUUGAGUUCCUGUUGAAUAACUUAUAGAUUGAUGUGAGAGUGCUGCUGUUAGCUGACAGUUUCCUUUUUCAUUUUUGUUAAAUAUUCUGAGAAAAUCCAAAAAGAAUUAGUAUCAGCCAUGCGAUCAAUGCUUACGUACCACUUGGCUAUCUCUGCAUCCAGUCUAACUGCAGUAAUCAAUAUUCACUGGUAAUGGAAAAAAAAUGCCUUGUAGUCAUACGUGUUUAAAAGUGCAAAAGAUAUGAGUGCAAAUGUUGUAAACUGUGUGCCGUUUUGUUUUGCUGGUCCGUUUUAGCACUAUUGUGUUGCUGAUGUGAAUGUGAGCGGUGCAUUUCUGCCUGUUACAUGUACAUACAAAUUUUACAUAAAUAUGGAAAAACUGUG